UUGUCUUUACCAAGUUGGUGGAAAUAAAAGAAUGCGAAGCACUUCGGUCAAACAGAGCAAAAACUAGCACUGAGUCCACUUGAAUAUAGCCUCCCACCACUUUGGUGGCUCCUUGAAUGUUAUGCAUAUCCACAUUGUUCAGUCUUCCAUUGAUAUAAUUUCGCUGUACUUUAUUUCCGAGAGCAGGCUUCUUACGGGCUUUCCUUUUAUGCUUCCGUCGUUGUGGAUUCUGACUUGAUUCAAUGUCAACUUGCUCUUUCGUAUUAUUAUUUUGAUAACACUCAGCUUUGUCAUACUCAUAGCAUCUUUCUUCAAAGGCAAGAUGAUCAUAUUCUUCCCACCUAUCUAUGAGAGGCGUCAUAUUGUGCUCCGGAUUCAUGGGACACUACACUCCCUGUCAUCAAGUGACCAACGUCAGUAACACGGCAAGGAUAGAUGAUCAUAUCCUAUCCAUAGAAUAUCUCAGAAGACAAUUAUCACUUCAAGAUAGUUCUAAAAUGCAUAAGCUCGUGACUUCAAGGUACUACCCCCCUUAAAAUGGGAUUGAUUGGGGGACACUAGGGACUAGUUCUCCUAUCCUUUUUGGACGCUACACAUCAUAGUCUUUUACAUUCGUUGUACCAAGUCUCUUGAUCCAAGGUUAGCUUCAUCACUAAGUUCCAAUUAUCGGUACUUUUAUCACGGUUAAGUUGCUUCACUCUCGCAUCCCAAUCAUAACUUUGUAAACUUUGGUGUCAUCUGAUCCUCAUAAACAUUGCUCUCAGUCCACGAGUAUCAGCCAUGACAUAAACCUCCAUUGGUAUUAGCACACUCCAAAUGGAAUGAUAUCUUGAGACAAACCAAACAUACCAAGCACUUGAUGUACUUAUAGAUGUUCCAGUCUUUAACCUCUUCUUCUUCUUGUAGCUUCUUCAAUUGGGCUGCCCCUUUAAAAAAAGUCAACUAGGGACACAAGAAACGGGCGUGGUGCCGUCAUCACGGAAGCACGUUAGGGACGCCGAGCACGACCAGUACGUGUCCUCGUCGCCGCCGUCGCCGGUGGCGGCGGCGUUGAUGCCGAUCCCGGGGAUGCACAUGCAGCAGGCGAUCGCUGGACACCAGCUGCUGUUGCCGGCGCUCGUCGCGGCGACGACCGCAGGCCGGCUGGCCGAGUCCGCGACGACGUCGACCAGCGGGCGCCCGGGGUCGGGAGCGCACGUGCUGGCGUCGGAGCUGCAGCGGCAGCACAGCGCGGAGAUCGACGCGCUGGUGCGGGCCGAGUGCGACCUGCUGCGCGCCGGGCUGGAGCAGGCGCGGAAGCGGCAGUGCGAUGCUCUGGCGCGCGCCGCCGCCGCCGCCGCCGCCGCGGCGCCCGCGCUGCGGGAGGUGGAGGCCGAGCUGGCCGCCGCGCUCCGCCGCGCCGCGGACCUCGAGGAGCUGCUCCGGGAGGCGGCCGCCGAGUGCCAGGCGUGGUGCGGGCUCGCGCGCAGCAACGGCGCCGUCGCCGCUGGGCUCCGCGCCGCGAUCGACGCGGUGCUUCGGCAGGGCGCCGGCGGGGCUGGUACGGCGCUGCCCGCCGUCGUGGAGGGCUUCGGCGACUCUGGCGGCGGCACGGACGACGCGCAGUCGUGCUGGUGCUGCUACGAGGAGGAGCAGGCGGCGGAAACAGCCGCCGCCUCGGCCUCGGCCUCGUCGUCGUCGUCGUGGAACUGGAACGGCAGGUGGGCGUGCAAGGCGUGCGGCGAGGGCGAGGCGUCGGUGCUGCUGCUGCCGUGCCGACACCUGUGCCUGUGCAAGGCGUGCGAGCGGCGGACGGAGGCCUGCCCCGUCUGCCUCGCCACCAAGAAUGCGUGCAUCCACGUCGCGGCCGACUGAUGCGAAUUCCGGAAGCGCCGUCCGGCGAUUUCGCAAACUAACCUUAUAUGUUGUAAUGUAGGACGAUUAACCCCA